UGUGGAUAACGUCCCGACCUUCAGCUGUUAAUUGGCUGAAUGAUGAGAAAUUAGUUUACAGGAGGACAGAAAUACGAGAGAAAGAUGUCGAAGAAAAACUGAAAAAAAAUCUGAAGUCUGCAAUUUGCAAAAAGUAUAAGGAAAAGAGUGAUGAAGAGACUGACACAGAACUCCGACUACAAAAGAAGGAAAAAGAAGAAUCAGUGCAAACCAACUACAAUGAUCUGUUUAAUGUGCGAACAGUGCUAACAACGGGAAUGGCUGGUGUUGGUAAAACAUUUCAAUCAAGGAUGUUCAUGUUUAACUGGGCAAAAGAGAAGACCAACAAAAACACAGACUUGAUAGUGUCAUUGCAUUUCAGUGAGCUGAAUAAAAAGAGAGACCAAGUUCAGAGUAUGGAAGAUCUGCUCAAGGAUUACUUCAGCAAGGUCAAACAAGGAGUGCUCUCCUAUGACAUGUUUAAAUUACUCUUUGUUCUUGAUGGCCUGGAAGAAUGUGAACUUCCUCUGGAUUUUGAAAAAAACAAGGACCUGAGUGAAAUGAGGAAACCGGCCUCAAUGGAUGAGCUGCUGACAAACCUAAUCAAAGGGACUCUUCUUCCUUCUGCUCAUCUCUGGAUCAUCUCUCGACCCUCAGGAGUUGAUAAGAUUCCAUCUGAUUAUAUCCAGAAAGUUACAAAAUGUCAAGAGACCUCAAAGAGAUGGACAAAGCUGGUGACACAUGUGCGCACAAGACUUAGAAAAAUGCCUCUGAUUGAAGACACCGAUCACCCUAACCAGAAAAACACAGAACACAUCAUAAGAGAAGACAGCACUGCAGAGGGCACUGAUGAACAGAAAAAGAAACAGACUGUGGAGAAAUUGAAGACAACAUCUGAAAUCUUUAAAGAGAAGAAAGGGGAAAAAAUCAGAACUGUGCUGACUGUUGGAGAGGCUGAUAUUGGAAAAUCCUUCCAUGAAACCAAAGACUUUGUCAUCACUGAGAUUUCAAACUUCCCAGUUUGUUUUAUCUUGGAUGGACUUGACCAAUUUCAGCUCCCUCUCGACUUUGACAACAACACCACCUUGACUGAUAUCAGUGAACCAGCCUCAGUGGACGUGCUGUUGAUAAACCUCAUCAAAGGGAACCUGCUUCCUUCAGCUCUAGUGUGGAUAACGUCCCGACCUUCAGCUGAUAAUUGGCUGAAUGAUGAGAAAUUAGUUUACAGGAGGACAGAAAUACGAGAGAAAUCUGUUGAAGACAAACUGAAAGAAAAUCUGAAGAUGGAAAUUUGUACAGAGUAUAAGGAAAAGAGUGAGGAAGAGACUGACACAGAACUCCGUGUACAAAACGAAGAAAAAGAAGAAUUAGUGGAACCCGACUACAAAGACAUGUUUAAUGUGCGAACAGUGCUAACAACGGGAAUGGCUGGUGUUGGUAAAACAUUUCAAUCAAGGAUGUUCAUGUUUAACUGGGCAAAAGAGAAGACCAAUGAAAACAUAGACUUUAUAGUUGCAUUUCAGUUCAGUAAGCUGAAUGAAAGUAAAGUAAAAAAUCAGAGUAUGGAAGAACUGUUGAAUGAUUAUUUCAGCACAUUCAAAAAACAAGGCCAUCUCUCCUAUGACAAGUUUAAAACACUUUUUAUUCUUGAUGGCCUGGAAAAAUGUACACUUCCUCUGGAUUUCAAAAACAACACGGACCUGACUGACAUGGAGGCACAGGCCACGAUGGAUGAGCUGCUAACAAACCUAAUCAAAGGGACUCUGCUUCCUUCUGCUCAUCUCUGGAUCAUCUCACAACCCUCAGGAGUUGAUAAGAUUCCAUCUGAUUAUAUCCAGAAAGUUACAAAAUGUCAAGAGACCUCAAAGAGAUGGACAAAGCUGGUGACACAUCUUCGCAAAAGACUGUGUAUAGAAAAAAAUCCGACUGAAAACGCCAAGAAUCCUCAUCAGGAAAAGCCAGAACACUUCAUGAGAGAAGACAGCACUGCAGAGGGCACUGAUGGACAGAAAACAAAACAGACUGUGGUGAAAGUGGAGGCAACAUCUGACAUCUUUAAAGACAAGAAUGGGAAAAAAAUCAGAACUGUGCUGACUGUUGGAGAAGCUGGUAUCGGAAAAUCCUUCCAUGAAAAGAAAAUCAACUAG